CUUCAUUAAAUGUUUGUGGGCUCAACAAGGCAUAGAAAUAGAAGGGGGUCCAAGCACAAUCCUUAUCCACAACAUCACAAAAAAAAACUCUUUGUGCUUAGUGUGAUUCUUUGGCAAAAAUGGUAGGAAUGUGGUCUAUGAUUAGGCAAAUCGAUCAAACAAAAACAACAUGGGCCAUAAAGGCCCGAGCUACAAGGGUUUACCGAGAACCUGCGCAUGAUGGUUUUCCCCCUUCUAUGGAAGUCAUAUUCCAUGAUGAAGAGGGUUCUAAGAUUCACGGUCACAUCCCAGAUCAAUUUAUCGCAAAUUUUUUUGGAUUGUUUAGGGAGGGCCGUGUUUAUGCUAUAAAAAAUUUUAUGGUGGAAGAAAAUUUCAUGUUUUUUAAAACCACUACAAGCGCUUAUAGGCUGCGCUUCUUCAAAAAGAGUGAGGCGUUUGAAAUCAAGGUUCCGUUUCCCUUGAGGACAUUUUCGUUGGUGUCCUUUGCUGCGUUGCAGGCGCAGGACUCUAUCGACGACCGGGCAGCGAUUGAUAUCAUUGGACAAGUCGUCCAUGAUAAGGAUCCCAAGACAAUUCGUAAAAAUGAUCGCCCUAAAAAAUUGGUUGAGCUAAUUCUUGGAGAUACAGAGGGCAAUGUCAUAGCAUGCACUCUUUGGGGUCCUAUGGUUGAUAUGUUGUUGUCGUUCAAACUAACUACGGGCGAACCCAUUGUCAUGUUGCUUCAAUGCUGCCGGGCUAAAAAAUACCAAGGGCAAGUGCAUGUAUCCAACAUGUUUAAUACAACCAAGGUUAUUCUUAACGGUGUGGAAGAUGAGUUCAAUGAUUUUAAAUCAAAAAUGGCUUCCAGAUGUGGGGAGGGUUUGAGCUUUACCAUUGCAUCUGAUACGUCAAAUGAUGUUGACAUUAGCACUGGUCAGAUUCAGUUGGUAACUAUUGAGCAACUCACUAAAAUGGAAGAGGAUGGAAAGCACUGGAUAUAUGGAGAGAUUGCUGGCAUUGAUAACCACAAAGAUUGGUCUUAUGUUUCGUGCAUUGGUUGUAAUCGUAAAGUGACUCCAAAUGGUGACGGUUUUCAAUGCCUCUCUUGCAAUUCCUCCGACGCUGUUUUGAGGUACAAGGUCAACAUUAGAGUGGUUGAUACAACUUCGCACGCGUCCUUUCUGCUCUGGGACAGAGAGGUGUCGUGCUUGAUUGGGCGAUUUGCUGCGUCGCUGAAAGAACAAGUAAAUAAGAGGAAUUUUGGACCCCAUUAUUUCCCUUCCGAAAUCAACGCCUUGAUGGACAUCAAGGCCCUAUUCCGCGUACAGUAUAAACGUGACAGCAGAAAUUUUAAGGGUAAUCAGACCUACAGCGUUCUCAGAAUGAAUACCGACCCUAGAGUUAUCUCACUCUAUGUGACCGAGACCACAUCAACAGAGGAGGAUGAAUUUUCCUUGUUGAAGAGGGAGUUUUCUGGUGGAGAAAGGGUUGUGUCUUCGGAGCAUGUGAAUUCGAACAGUCCCUUGCUGGACAAGGAGCAGAGAAGUGCCCUAGAAGUUGAUACCGAGAGGAUCAAGAGGAAUCUGUUUGGGGAAUCAUCGUCUACCGAGGCAGCUAAAAAUGUGCCACCCAAAAAGAUGAAGGGUAUCAAGAUCGAGGGGUCUAAAAACUAAUGCUAUCCUAUGGACCUAUAAUUAGUUUGGGUUUGCAUUGGAUAUUAAUAAGUGUUUUGGGGAAGGGCCUUAAAUAAAACGUGCGGGAUGGAGAAUGAUAUCAGGAAUAGAUAUGCUGCAAUACAUGUGGUCAGCGUCUCCAAUGUUUCCCUUUUUUGUAUUUUGUUGGCUAUUAACGCACUACUACCUAAAGUGUUAUAUUUAUAAUGCAUAUCUAAGGUGAAAUAUGUGUGUUCCAUAUUAAUGCAUGGACCUUAUGUAUUGUAAAAUAUAAAUGUAUGAAGUCUAUGUUGGGGCUAUGUAUUCUACUCCAAUAUUAAUGUAUUGAUGCUAU